GGGAAUUUAGAUCGUCAGAAUUUUUAUAAGGAAAUAAAAUUUAAAUUUCUAUGCACUUUGUGGAUGAUAAAUAAUUAACUCGUCGCUUUAAGCUGUUAAUUUAAUUAAAAACUCAUAAGAAAAAAGUGAAAUUAAGCAGAAGAAAGUGGAGAAAUUGUCAAAAAUAACGAUUUAAAUGUAGAAUCGCAAAAAUGGCUGACGACAAUUUUAAAUAAAAAUGAAAAUAUUUUGAUUUUCAAAAUAUAAAAUCUUAUAAUAUUAGUUCUUCUGUAUUAAUUUAUAAAAAUAACUCGCACAAAACAGUCUUCAAAUAUUUACUGGAGCAAUGGAAACGAAAAUAAACUCCAAUGAAUUGCUGGGAAGUGUUACACAGGAUAGUGUUCGAACAAGUGCUCGUGUUAUUCAAUCCAAGAUUAUGCGAAUGGAUCCUGUGAUAACUACGCAAACUGAAAAGAAGGAAGAAAAGCCAAAUGAAAUAAAUACAGUAAAUCAACCGAAGACACCAAGUCAAUCGAAACACAUUCGAAUCCAGUGGACAAUGAAAGAGAAGAAAUGUUUCUUUGAUGCACUUAAUGAGCACGGACGUGAUUUUGAACAAAUUUCUCGAUUUAUUAACCUUAAGAUGAAACGAAAAAAUCCAACGGAAUCGGAUUAUAAAACUAAGGAACAUGUUAGACAACAUUACUAUCAACUUUUUCAAAAAGCAUCAAAAUAUUUGAAAUUUUCAGAUGAUGUCAAGAAAUUGGCACAGGAACUUUAUGUAUUAAUUAAUUAUGGGGAAAUGAAAAAAAAGCUUAUAAUGUCAUCUGAUAAGAGUUUUCUGAAACUUAGAGAUCUCGUUUAUAGAGGAAGUGUGACUGUUCGUGUUAAGGGAAAGAAUAUUAAAAUUAAAACACCAUCAUGUCGAGCCUUAAAGAAGCUUAAUCAAUUGGAGGGUAAUAAUAUUGAGGAUAUCCAGUUGCCACAACGUAUUGAUGUCAUUGUUCGUCCUUCAAAUCAAGAAUCAUGGGCGUAUGUACAACGAUUAGCACAAAAUCCAAGAAUUAAAGUUGCACUUCCACUUCAAAAGAGAAUAUCAUGUCUACUACAGACAUUAGAGCAGAAAUGGCGACCACAAGAUGUAAGAUUACAUGAGAAGUACGUAGUAAAAAUUAUUCAACAGAAUAGUCGUCAAAAAUUAAGUGACGAGAUUAUUGCACAGUCCGAAGACGAUGCAAAAUUCUUAAAGGCUAAAGAACCUCGACUUUAUUUUUAUCCACCUGAAAAUUGUAAAAUAUUUCGUCCAAUGAUUCAAUUAAAUGAAUUUUUAAGCAGCUAUAGUCUAUGCUUAAAUUCAUAUGAGGUGAGGAUCGGUGCACGAAAACGUGGCGAGGAGAUUUGCAUGGAAAAAAAUUCUCACCUUAAAGACAUAUCGAAAAAUUCAGCGAAACGAAUACGUAAUGAUAGUUUCUCGGAAAAGAUUAAUGCCGUGUCGGAUGCUAGGAAGAUGAAACCAGAUGAACAAAAUGUUGAUGAUUUGGGUAUAAUUUAUGAGCAUAAAAGUAACGAUUCAAAUGAUUUGAACGAGAUUAAAAAAAGGGAAGGAAGCAAUGUUAUUAAAGUAAGUGAUAUAUCAAAUGAGAUUGAAAAGCAUGAGCCAGUUAUUGAAGAUAAGAAGGAUUCACCUGAUAUUGAAACAAAUAAGGCCUUAUCAACUAAAAAUGAAAAUUGCAAUGUAGUGUCUACAAAACCCAACAAAAAAUCAAUGCUGUGCUCUUCAAAGAAUCCUAAAGAAUACUCAUUUAAGCCAUUAAUUAACGAGGAUACACUUAAGAAAAUUCGUCAAGGCUGGAAUGUUGACAAUGCAAGUGAUCUCACGAUCGGUGAUCUUUAUUUAAUGUACGGCUCAGACUCAAAAUUAUUUAUUGAAUAUAAGUGGCAUGAUCCAGAAAAUUUCUCAAACACAACUAACGGCAUUUCCUCAUCUGAACAAAUUAAACUUGAGCCCAAUCACAUUGGUAGUAAAUUAAAGCACUUAAUGAUGGUUGCGAGUUUGAUUGAAAAACCAAAUGGAGUUGCAAUGCUCAAUAAUCUUAAUUUAGAGAAGAAUUUAGUCGACACUAAAGAAUUUGGUGAAAGUAGUAAUACAUUUAAAACUCCGUCUUUUGAUACAUUUAUGCGACCAAAUAUGAAUCCACGAUUAAAACCACAUCAAUCGAAAUGGUGGCGAAAUCAACAUUAUCGAUAUCGACCAUUAGACAAUGUAAAUGGAAAUUACUUUAAAAAUAAUAAUAACAAUAAUAAUCAAAAUCAUGUCGUAAGAAAUUUAUAUCAAACGCCUACAACGCAAUUAAAUAGUUCGCAAACGUCAAGGACCGAUGAGGAAUUGAGAAGUAGUCCUGUGGAUGAAGUCACUAAAAUUCUAGAAGACAAAAUACAAUUUAUGUCAACUAAUCAAUCGCAAGUACAAAAUUUCUCGGAGAGUUCUCGAUCUAGUAUAAAAAGUUUAUUAGAGACUUUAUCAGGAAGUUCAAACAGAACAAAUUAUGAUUAUGAUUUGAGAUUUUGGGACCACGAGAAUGAGAGAGGAUCGGAGGAUUUUGACAAUAUUUCUCUAAGUAGCCUUUUAGGACAUCUCGAUUCAUUUUAUGGUAACAAGAGUCAAGGUGCAACCGAUACAGAAGAAAACUUGUAAUUUCUUGUUAAUCAUUUAUUGUAUUUAAAUAAAUAAUACUUAAGAUAUUAAAGAUUUAUUAAACUUAUCAUAUUUUAAUUUUUGACCAAAAUACAGCACAUGACACAACUUGACCAUUAUUUUUGGCAGUACAAAAUCGACCAUAUUUUUCAUUGAAAUAUUUUAAAAAUUAAACUAAGAUUUAUAUCGUGUCAUAAGUUUACAUGUCUUCUGUUGAGUAACGGUAUGCUUCUUCUUCAAGGCUUUUCUUUGAAUUGAUCAUUGAAAAGUAUUUCUUUUCAUAUCCAUUAGAUCUAUCGACACCGUCCCAACGAAAACCUGGUCUAAUAUUGAAUCGAUUAUCAGGAAAAUCUCCACGAUAUGCAGGUUUCUCAAUAAUUCCUUUUUUAGUGUUUUCCUCUUUUCGUUUUCGUCUUAUAUAUUGAAGCAUUGGAUCAUCAGCAAGUUCCUUAUUCUUUAAAUAAUCUUGUAAAUCUUUAUCAUCUUGAUCACGAGCUAACGGUUUGCUUGCUUCAUGCUCAUAUUCUUGUCUCCUUUUUUCAAUCUGUUCCAGUUGCUUUAAUCCUUUACCCCAUCUAUCGUAUUCCUUUUUACGGAUCUCUUCUUCUUUCAUUUUUUUCCUCUCAUUUUCUAAAUCAUAUUCAUAAUCCUUAUUUCUGCCUUUACGAUCACGAAUUGUAACAUCGGCAUUUUUACCAGAAAAUUCUGGCUUCAUUUCUUUAAAUAAUUUGUCUUGUCUCUGCCUUAAUUGUUCAUUUUCUUCCUUUAAACGCCUCGAAUUCUGUAAUCCUGAAGCUUUUCCAUCAAGAGUUUUGGACAUUUUUUGUGGAUGUUGAGGCGAAGAGCUGUCUUUUUCUCUUUUUAUGUUUCUCUUUAUAUCUUCUGGAGAUUUUGAGGAUCGAAUAUAGUAAUUGGAAGGUGAUGAGCUCAAUCUUUCCUUCUUUAUUUUGACUGGUAAUUCUUUUGGAGAAACAUUUCCUUUGUAGCUAUCGAAUCUACUCUUUCUUCUUGGAGGUGACUCGUCUGAAUAUCUUUUAUUAUUUCUUGGUGGUGAUUCAUCUGAAUGUUUCCUAUUCUUUCUAGGAGGUGACUCGUCUGAAUGUCUCCUAUUCUUUCUUGGUGGUGAUUCAUCUGAAUGUCUUCUAUUCUUUCUUGGUGGUGAUUCAUCAAUAGUUUUGAUUCUACUGGGAGAUGAAUC